AUGUCUGGAUUCUUUUGGAUGUACCUUUCUGCCGCGCCACCACUUAGAUGUCUCCAGAAAUUCCCCGAAAACUUCCCCGGGUGGAGUCCACCAAUCUGGUUCACUUCAUCACAACACAACAUGCUUUCGUCCCUUGCUCUCGUACUUCCGCUUGUUGCGUCCGCUGUUGCAGCUCCUCAAGAUCUUUCUCAUCGAUCAGGACGUCAAUCGGCACCUUCUGGCUGCCUAUCUGUCGGACCUACCAGCACCUUCCAAACAGUCCAAGCAGCUGUAGAUGCCUUGAGCACCACCGACACGGCGGCACAGUGUAUCUUCAUCGCCGCGGGCACCUACAAAGAGCAAGUCUACAUCCGACAACUCGCGUCAUCAUUGACUAUCUACGGACAAACUCCCGAUACCAGCAGCUACAGCUCCAAUACGGUGACCAUUACCCAAGGAAAGAGUCAAGACGACUCGCCCAACAAUGACGCCACUGCAACCCUUCGGGCAUCAACUCCAAACCUCAGAGUUUACAACAUCAACUUAGUCAACACUCGCGGACAGGGCUCGCAAGCUCUCGCUGUCAGCGCAAUGUCCGACAAGCAGGCCUACUACGGCUGCCAGUUCAGGGGCUUUCAAGACACAGUCCUUGCACAAAACGGUAGACAGCUAUUCGCUAAGUCUUACAUCGAGGGUGCCACGGACUUCAUCUUUGGUCAGCAUGCUACGGCCUGGUUCGAAAAAGUCUCCAUUGGUGUUCUCCCUGCAUCGCUUGGUUUCAUAACCGCCAAUGGCCGUCCGUCGGCUUCCGACCCUUCCUUCUAUGUGAUCAGCAACUCCAAGGUCGCCGCUGCACCGGGCACCAGCGUUCUCGCUGGAGCAUACUACCUCGGUCGCCCAUGGGGACACUUUGCUCGCGUUGUUUUCCAGAAUACUAGUAUGACUAACGUCAUAAACCCUCUCGGCUGGUCAACUUGGCAGACCACUGACCCGAGGACGGAUUCGGUUACAUUUGAGGAGUUUGCUAACACCGGCCCUGGAUCGACAGGCACCAGGGCAAGCUUCUCCAAAAAGAUCUCGGCUGCUAUCCCGAAAACAGCGAUCUUGGGCAGUGACUACAAGACCUGGGUCGAUGAAACAUACCUGUGA